AUGGUCACCGAGAGCGUGGGGCCCGAGACGCGGUCGAUCCUGGCCCAGAUGGGGUGCGUCCUGCGUGAUGUGGCGGCGUGGGGCGUGGCCGUCGACGAGGAUACGAUGGCGCAGACGCGCUUCGUGAACGUAUGGACCAAGCUACGGGCCUUUGAGCUGUAUGAAUACGACCGGGUCGUGCUUGUCGAUGCGGACAUGCUCGUGACGCGCAACAUGGACGAGCUGAUGGAUCUCUCACUGGGCCCGUACGCGAUUGGCGCGGGCCUCGCAUGCACAUGCAACCCGAACAAGAUCGCGGCGUACCCGGCGACGUGGGUGCCGGAAAACUGCGGGUACAGCCUGCGCCCACACCCGCCAGCGCCAGCGCAUCUCACGCGCGACACGCACCACCGGCUGAACAGCGGCCUCGUGGUGCUGGAUCCUGAUCGCGCGCGGGCGGAGCAAAUACACGCGUAUGUACGCGACGAGCCAGAGCGGGUGAGGCGGUACUGCUUCCCUGACCAGGACCUGCUAGCCGACGUGUUCUACGGCGUCUUCUGGCCGCUGCCCUGGUACUACAAUGCCCUUAAAACGCUACGGCGAUGCCACGCGGACCUAUGGGACGAUGGUGAGGUCCGCAACAUCCACUUUAUCUUGGAGUACGCCAUCCUGACAGGCACCUCCAUGACGUGUGGUGGGACGCCUACCGGGCCCUGGCAUCCGAGCCCCAGCAGG